AUGUUUGCUCCGACGCACACGAACCUCUCGCCGUCGCUCCUCGGCGUCGUCGAAGCCCUCCUCAUGGACGCGCCCUCGGAGCAUGCGAUCCACUACACGCGCGGGCUCGAGCAGAUCCGCGCCUACAUGCGCAGCCGCCACGCCGGGCCCGACGGCGCACCGCUCGCGUUCCGCGACAUGGUGCUCAAGUGGAGCGCCGAGUGGGCCGAGCACGUCGACAAGGCGAUUGCGUCGCCGAUCGCGAUGGCCACCGAGCGCCCCAUGCUGCCCUUCCUGGAGGGCCUCGUCGGCAUUGACAUCCGCGUCGCAGCGCGCGGCCGGCCCGACGACGCCAUCUACAACGGCGACGAGUACGCGCGCAAGUACUACCCGCGGGGCAACUACGUGGCCAAGUGGGCGCUGGACGCCGCGACGACCGCGUACUUUCCGCUCGUCCGUGCGUACCCCAAGUUUACGGGCCACGAAGACGACGGCGAGCUCAGCGCUGGCGACGACGCGCAAACCGCGUCGAUUGCCUCGGAAGCGCUCUCGAAAUACUUUACAAAGCCUGCGACCGAGACCAAAUCGGUCAUCUCGACCGUGAAGGAGAACGGCGAGGCCGCCCACCUCGCAGUUCUUAAGAAGGCCGACGGGUCCUUUGUCUACCUUGUCGGCUCCAAGAACGUGCACAUGGCGAUCACUACCGCGUCCGACAUUGAAAAGGCGAUUGCGAUCGGCACGACGAACGGUCAAAACCCAUUUGCGGGCGCGCGCCCCGUCGCGUACGGUAUGUUGCGCAUGCUCGAGGGUCUCGCGCCGGCGAAGCGGACGAUGUUUUGCGAGUUUUUGUGGCAGACGCGCCUCACGGCGUCGUUUGAGCUCCUCUGCCCCAACCACCAGCACGUCGAGCUUUUGAAUGUGCCCGAGGAUACGCCCGUCCUCUUUGGCUUUUCGUUCCCGACGCUUGGAUCGCUCGACGGCGUUGAGAUUUGCAUGAACCCGCUGCUCGGGUAUGCACUCGGGCGCUACUGCGGCGUCCGCACCGUCCAGUACGACGUCGUGCCGUACACGGGCGCCGAGUUCAAGGCCGUGCUGAGCGCCAUCAAGACCGGCUACCAGACCGAGGGCAAGGUCAAUUUGUAUGUGGAUGGCACCGGCGCCGUCAUUGGCCUCCAAAAGUACAAGACCGCGUGGUACGUGAGUCUCCGUGCGAUCCGCGAGAAGGCCAAGGCGUUCCUGGUCGCGGUGCUGGGAAAGAAGAAGAAGAUGGCGCCGGACGACGCGCUCUCGCUGACGCACAAGCAGCUCGAGAAGCGGUUCGUCGCGAUCACGAACUGGCUCCAGCUCGCACCGACCGACGCGCACGCCUACUGCGACCUCGGCAAGGCGUUUGUGAGCUACGUGGCAUCCGUGCGCCUUGCGAGCUGCGCCGGCAACGCCAGCGCGCAAAAGACGGUCCAGCACGACGUCACCGACCUGUUCCCCGUCGUUUGGAGAGAGUUUCUCGAAGCGACCGAUCGCACCGACCGCAUUCACUGCGCAUAAUCUCAUGUACAGAAUAGUCUCUAGUUUUAUAUAACCCAAAGAUGAUACUACUGUGUAAACUAGUCCACCGCC